UGCCUCACAUGUGGGAAUAUAAAUAUCACAUCCAAAAAUGUUUCUACCUUCUCGACAGCAGAUUCUGCGUUUGUACAAACAUUUAAUACGCUACGGCAAUCACUUAAAGCUGACCGACAAGAACUACUUCCUGGGAAGAGUGCGACACGAGUUCCGGGACAACCGGUCCCUCACAGAUCCGGCGGAGGUGGAGUUCAGCUUCAAGCGCGGAGAGACCCUGCUGAAGAAGGGACGCAUCCUGUAGACAUGAUCCGCGGUCUGGUGCGACUCCUGGCGCUUCCUCCGCCCGCUGUGCGCUGCAAAUCCACUGCCAAUCUGGACUACUCCCGCUUUCCCACGCUCCAGGA